GCGGCCGCUGAGGCCAUGGCGGAGCGAUGGCGGGACGUGUGCGGGGUGCGCAUCGCCCCGGCCGAGCUGCGCUUCAGCGACGCGGUGCCGAGGAGCUGCUACCGCGCCGCGCUCACCGUGCAGAACCUGCGGGCGGGCGCCUGCCACCUGCGGCUGCUGCCGCCACGCGAGCCGCAGUUUAAAUUGAUUGUGGAAAAUCCAGAAAAACCCAUUGCAUCUGGACUUCACCUUAAAGCUGUGGUGGAAUACACUCCCAAGAGUGCAGAAGAUCUUCAGGAUAAACUAACUCUUUUAGUAGAUGAUGACAUAGUUCAUAUCCCCGUUCUUGGAUUGGUUCCAUACUGUGAUCUGGAAAUAGAGUCAGAGGUUAAUUUUGGUGACAUGAUUGCAAACAAUAAACUAGUUACUAAAGAGAUUAUUAUUUCUAACCGUGGAACAAUUUCAGGUGUAUUUAGAGUAUCUUAUGAUGGGGUUGUCCUGCUUAACAUAAGACCCAUCAGAGGAGUCGUAAAGCCAAAAUCUGUAAAGAAAAUUAAAGUGGAUGUCUGCACAGAUGUACCCGGAAUCAUCAAAGAAAUGAUGAAAGUGGAGUUGGAAAGUCGUGGCUGCAUUGAAGUAUGGAUUAAAGGUGUUGUGGUUGAACAAGUUCUAAAAGUUCUUGGAGUGAAUUGUGGAAAAGUACUGAAGUGCAUUAACUUUGGACCUCUUUACUUUGGGACUUCAAAGACAGAAAAAAUACAUUUAUACAAUGAAAGCCCUGAGUGUAUGGAUUGGGUAGCAGUACUGGAAGACAGUGCCAUUGGAGGAGAGAUGGGGACAGAUCUUCAGGGGAGUACAGAUGCUGUUUUACGUGACUUAAGUCUGCAAACUAAAGAUGUAGAUGUUUCCACUGUGAUCUUGUGUGCUCCCAAUCAAGGAACUUUGCAGCCUUAUGAAAAAUCUUUGAUUACACUCUGCUUUAGUCCAGAAAAAUUUGAAAGAGACUUUGAAGUGAACGAGGCAUCACUGGUUCAAGAUUAUGUCCUGUUUGUGAGAUUUGAAACUGCUGGGAAGAGAGGUGGCUGCAUGAAGAACCUCAGUGGUGGUGCCACAGGAACGUGUACAACAAGUACAUUAGAAAUGGAUAGUCACUAUCAGAAAUGCAGUCAUUCUCGUCAUGUGGACUUGGCUUUGAAGGGUUCUGGGUUUCCUGUCAUAUUAUCUUUUAAGCCAGGAACAGUAAUUAAUUUUGAGGACUGUUAUUUGGGUGAACAAGCACAAGUUUUGUGCACAAUGAAAAAUGAAUCCAAGUUCCUUCCAGUAACAUUCAGAUUCCGCAAGACUGCUCACUUCAAUGUUUCUCCUGCAAGAGGAAAACUUAAAAAAAAAUCUGAAAAGGAAGUGAGGAUUUCAUUUUCUCCACAUCAAAUAGGAAAAUUUGAGAUGAAGCAAAUUAUUGAUAUCAUUGGUACAGGAGUAGAUAAAAAUAAUGUAGAGGUUUUGAAGACAAAACCCUUUCAUCAAAUAUAUUUGACCUUACUUGGUGUGUGCAAAUCUAAACGAACAAGCAUUAUAUUCACACUUAAUCCUGGUCUAACACCUUUGAUUUCCAAUGCAACUGGACAGUUUGUAGCUCGUGGCACAGGACAGCCCAGUGAUACAGCACCUGUGGCAAUCCUUAAAUCAACCCAAACACAAAUCCAUACUCACCGGCAAAACAGGAAUUGUGAGGAUGAUGCACUUAUAGCCUUUCCUAAUGAUCGUGCAGCCAGCCUUAGGCCUAGUGAAUGGAAUAAAAAGUACAGGACUAUUUUCACAAAGACUGAGAGAUAUAAUUACGUAGACCCAGAAUUUGCUUAUACUGAAUCUGAACGACAGUCAAGAGAAGGAAGGAGAAAAAAUUAUGUACACUUCAUUUCCCAUUUAAGACAGCGUCGUUUAGAGAAAGAGGCUGCUAGGCAGUUUUUUAUUUAUAACAAUCCUGUGAGCAUAGGCAUUAAACCAGCUAAAGGUCUUAAGUCACCAAACCUCUCAAUAACAGAUUUUCCCAUGGAGAAGCCACAGCCCGAAACGCGUCCUUUAGAUGACAAUUGCAUGUUAACUAGUCGAAAAUUGGCAGCAAUUGUUUCUAAAUCUACAAACCAAGGAGUUUGGAGCUGGCUUAGUCCUAUGCCAUCUUCUGACCAGGAGAAGGAAGAUUGUAGUCUAACUUUGACACACAAACAGCUUCAUCAAAUAUUCAUUGGUCCUUCUACUAUAGAUUUUGGUGAUGUUUGUGUGUAUUCUACAACAACCAAAGAACUGCACAUUAUCAAUAACUUGUCAGUUCAUAUUUGGAUACAAAUUGAGAUUGAAGUUGCAGAAUUGCAGGAGACAUCUCCAUUGUCUCAGGUGGUGCCUCCUCUGACAAAAACUCAUAUUCCAGUUGUGUUUGAGACAGUUAAUGCUGGAAUGUUUAAAAGCUGUUUCAGUUACAAGAUAAACAACCAACACAUUGGACAUGUGCUGGUAGCUGCACAUGCAAUGCCUAUUGAACUUCAGCUGUCUAGAAGGGAACUGGUUUUGACUCCUGUUUCUGGCUGCCUAGCAGGGACAGAGUUUAGAAGAACUGUCAGGGUGUGCAACCCCAGAAACCAUCCUGCUGGCUUUACUUGGAGACCUGUAACUGGAGAUAGAAAAUCUGCAUUUACUAUAAAGCCAACCAGAGGGUAUGUGGAAGCCUAUAGUGAGUUGGAGUGUGAAGUUGUUUGGCAUCCAGGGUUCAACAGUCCAGAAACAGGACAAUUCACCUUGUCUGUGCGCAAAGGAAAUUCAAUUAACUUGAAAUGUUUUGCAAAGUUUGGUGCUACUAGAGUUCAGUUGGUGGCUCACAGUAUAUCCUUUGCUCACAGUCCACUUGGUUUCACUACUUGUAAGACCGCCACUAUUCUAAACACAGGACACAACCAUGCAUACUUCCAAGUUCUUGACUCCAGCCCAGUGCCUGGAAUGAAAAUCACACCCACUGAAGGAGUGAUACCUGUGGGAGGCCUUGUUGAUUUCAAAAUCUCUUUCACUCCAAAGGCACGCAUGAGUUUUGAUAAAAAAGUGGAGGUAGCAGUGAGGAAUGCAGCAGAACUCAUGCUUAGGAUCAGUGGAUUUUCAGAGAUCACUGAAAUAGACAUUGAUGUGAGAACAUUUGAAUAUCAAGGUGUUUGUGUUGGUGCUACAAAAUCAAUUCCAUUUUUGCUGCAGAACAAAGGACAAUCUUGUACCAGAGUGCAGUUUGAUUUUUCUAAGCAUAUAGAUUUUAAAUUGAAUGCUGAAGACAAUUCAGCAAUUGAUCGUUCUCGUUCAAAGCCUAAUCUCUACUCAGUUUACUUAAAGGAGGGGUCAUCUUUGCAAUGCUUCUUGACCUUUGCACCAAAAAUGGUGGCAGUAUAUGACUUCAUUCUCCCAAUUGCUGUUCCUCGGGUCAGUUCUACAGCUCCAGUUCCUACCACGACUCUGAAGCGUGGUGGCCCCCUGCUCCCGCCACCCCCUGAGAUCCCAGCUCUGCCCAAAUGUAAAGUCAGAGCUAUUGGGCUUCUACCACUUGUGGAGUUCUCCUCAAUGGAAUUUAAAUUUGAACAACAUUCAAGUUACAUACAUUCCACUACUGAUGAUAUGAGUAUGAAUUCUCAGCACCUUGUCCUGAAGUGUCUCUCAAAAUAUGGUGUAACAUGGAAAUUGAAUUUUGAUGAUGCAGACAAAAAUAUAGAAGAUGGUAUUUUCAGAUUUAGUCAGAACCAUGGACAUAUUAAUGAAAAGGAAGAAGUUAAUAUUACUGUGUACUUCUGGCCUCCUUGUCCUGGGACAUACACAUCUGAAAUAAUCUUGCAUCUAAAUGAUAAUUCAUCACAAUACAUACUAACAUUGUCUGGCACUAUGAGGUCACCAAAAAUAGAUUUUCAUCCCCCCUUUUUAAUGCUGAUGCCAGUUCCUCUAGAUGUGGAAACUGAAGCAGUAAUCACCAUCAUUCCACGGGAUUUUAUAAGGCAAUCACAAAUCAGAGUUAGACUUCCUGAGCUGGAACUUGCAGAUGGUACCAGGACUUGCCCUUUUUCUGUGGAGUUUCCAGAGGGACAAAAUAUUGUUCUUUCAUCAGAUGGCACAGCUAAUGAACUGACCUGCCGUAUCAGCUUCAAAUCACCUAAGCCAAUGUCAUUUUUAGGGGAAAUGCUCUUCAUUGAUCAAGAAGACAACAGGUUCUCAUUUCAAGUUGCUGGAACAGCAGACAAUUGUCUUCUCACAUUAUACCCAUACUUGGCAAUGCACAAAGAUAAAAAAAUUAUCUGGAGAAGCAAUAAUAAAGACUUCAGCACUGGAGAAGUUGUUCUACAGCCAUGUAUUACACCACCAUCACCUUCACACAGCUAUUCUGCAAGUUCUUUAGGUGAAGAGAGUGGCUCAACCUAUGAAGAUUCCCAAUCAGAGAGUAUUGCUGAUGAAAGUGAGAGUGAUGCAUUUGAAAGUGAAGAGAAUGAAGAAACAAGUGAAGAGAGUGAAACUGACAGUGAAAGUGAUAGGAAAGAAAAGAAGCAUGAAUUAUCAUUUUUUCCUGAUGAAGAUGAGGAAGAGUACAACUUCUUUCAAAAGACCCUAAAUGCUGUACAGAGUUGGUUUGCACUCUUUGGCUGGUCUAAGGGACAGAAUCCCAUUUCAAUACCUUAUUCACUGAGACGUGAUGUGUCUAUAGUCCUGCUAACUGUUUCACAAGAAAAUACUUUUAAACGAAGGGUUGACAAAGAUAAGUGUUUUUAUGAUAUGUUAUUGAAUCUGAAUGGACAACCAACAGGCAUUGCAGCAUGCCAGUCAUUGUCCCCUGAUCCAGUAGAAAGAAUGUUUCAACUCCACUGGCAGCAUUCUGAAUUGCUUUCCUUCCUUAAAAGGAAAGGAGCAUAUCUUCCUCAUGUUAUGCCAGAAUUUCUGCUUGAACCAGAAGAUUAUGAGAUAUGGACUGAAGUAAAUACUGGACUGAGGUGUUUUGUGCCUGAAGUGAAGAGGGGAAGCAUGAGAAGCUCAGGCAAGUUAAGUGGCAGGCGCAUUUUUGUUCUGGAGAGCAGAACGUUUGAGACAAUGAGCAAACGAGCUUGGACAGAUGUGCUGCUGCAGAUGUACAAGGUAUUUGUUCUUCCACGUGUUUCUUUCCGUAUGAUUCCUGACCCAGCGAGCUUGGAGAGCUUGGAGAACAUGCCAGGAAUAAAAUCAGAACCUUUAUGCAGUAAUGUAUAUUCUCGAUAUGAACGAAGCAUCCUCAUCUGGUUGAAUAAAAACUAUGAAAAAAAUCGAAAAAUUGUGUGGAAAGAUAGUCGAAGAGGUGGAAUACCACCCAUGAGAUGGAUAGUGAAUUUUGACCACGAUCUUCUGGAUGGUCUGGUGUUGGCAGCACAGAUGGCAGCUUAUUGUCCAUAUUUGAUUCCCACUCACUUCAUAAAGAUGUAUACUAAUCCAAGAACUCGUGAACAGUUUCUGCACAAUGCCUUGAUACUUGUGAAGGCUCUGCAUACUAUCAAUCUGGAUAUGGACACAAAGGCCACUGAUAUCUGUGAACCAAAUCCUGUCACGAUGCUUAUUUUGUGUGUCCACCUGUAUGACAUUCUCCCUCACUACUUACCCAAGAACACUAUAGAAUUUUCAGGUGCUCUCCAUGCAACUAUUGUGAAGCAGGUGCACCUGAAGAACCCGAGCAAUAACACUUUGUCCUACACUGCUGUUCUUGUGGGAAGAGAUGCUCAUGAUUUCUCUUUACCUAAAGGAAACACUGUUACCAUUCCUUCUACGAGACAAGGCUUUGUAAAUGUGGAAUUCACAAUUCGUUUCCUGCACCCUGCUGAAGCAGUAUUACUACUGACCUCAAAUAAAGUUGAUGGAAUAGAUGGUGCCACAAUGACAUUCUCUCUGAAAUCUGAAGUUAGGAGUAUUGAGCCUCUUGGUAUGAUAAGGUGCAGAUCCCCAUGUUAUGAGGUGAAGAAAUUUAACCUAAAUGUUACUAAUCCCUUCAAAAAUGAUGGCAUAUUCAGGGUAAUCUUGCUGGAAUCCACACAUUUACUCCACCCGGAGAAAGUGUAUCAAGGCAGGCAAGUAAAGCAAGAGCAAAAGUUUAGUUCUGAAAAUAGCGUAUUAAGCUCAAAAAUUUCUGCACUGCCUGAAGACUCAAAGAAAGACACUAGCUCUGAUCAAUCUGGCCUCCUGCAUGAGUUCUUCAGUCCAACAGAAAAACUGUUCUUGAAAGGGAAAGGUUCUGCAGCCUUAGAUAUUCACUUCCUUCCCUUUUAUCAGGAAAAGCGUUACUGCACUGUCAUUCUGGUUAAUGAACAGAUUGGAGAGUUUGUAUACCUGAUUGAGGGAAUAGGUGAUUUACCUCUGGCUUCAGAAUUGCCUGCCUUGGAUAGUCCAAAUGUUUUGCGUGCUACCUCAGAAGAUGAAAGCACAGCACAGACAGUUUUAUAUUUUAAAUGUGGACUUGGUGAGACUCUGGAGGAGAAUCUGAAGAUUCCAUUGAUCAAUGAGUCAAGAGAGAGGGCCCUGGCUCUGGCUGCACAGCAGCAGAUGUCAGCUGUUGAGUAUGAAAGGAGAUUGAUGACUGGGACUCUGCAGAGCAGCAGCGUUCGAGUUGCAACUGCCUUGUUGGGGCUGUCCCGGGUACAGAGACGUGCACUUCUGAAGCCUCGCAGGCACCCCUCCGAGCUGAAGUAUGUGAAUUACAAUGUAGAAGUGAGCAUAAAAAACCUCUUCAAAGUUCCUAAAAAGUUCUCUAUUCCAGUGUUAUCUUCAGCCAGAGUUAAUUUGGACACUUCAUCAGACAAAUGCCCUACAUCUCAGCAAACAGAUGGAAAUGACACAGUUGAAUUUCCUAUAAAAUUCACUCCUGAGAAAGCUGGUUGCUACCACUGUCAGAUUGUUCUGAAGUCAUCUUGGGAUAUUCGUGUCUAUGAGAUUGAGUGUGUGGUGAAUGCAGACCAGGCUGAUGCACAACUCGAAUUUCUGACUCCAGCUUACCAGACAGUGACUCAGGAAAUUCCAAUUACUAACAUAUCCGAUAAGGACUGGAGGUUUGAAGCAGUUUUGGAAGGACAGUGUUUUCAUGGCCCUGCUGUAAUAAAUGUGCCUGUAGGUGGAACAGUUCCGUAUCCACUCACGUUCAAGCCCCUUGCUGAGAGUGUAAUAAAGGGAAGGCUUAUUCUGAGAAAUGUUACAGCUGGAACUCGGAACAUCUUUAGUCUUAAGGGAAUUGGGAAGAAACCUCUGCCUCAGGAUUGCAUUUUGAUAGAGUGCGAAGUAGGAAAGAUGGCUCAUAAAGUCUUAUGGGUGCACAAUUAUACCAAGAAGAUGGUAAAAUACAAGGUGUAUUCCAAUCUCUCAAUGCUGAGUGGUGCCCCUUAUGUGGUUGUCAACCCAGAGGACACUGUUGCUUACACUUUGAAUAUAUCUCCCUGCAGACGAGGAGUCUUUCAAGGUGUAAUUUCAUUUGUUGGUGAAGAUGAAGACCAGGAGCGGCCUCAAGACAGCAGCUCACCACAGUUGACAGAUGGCAAACAGGCCCUUCAGAAACUGCCAGCGAGGGCUUCACCAGCUUGUGAUGCAGCUGACAUUGGAGAAAGUUCUACACAUUGCCAAGUGUGGUACUCCUUGAAGAUUUUCAGCACACCUGCAGCAGCAGAAAGGACAAUAGAUGUGGACUGCAAAGCUCUGGAUACUGUUGGAAUUAAUAUUCCCAUCACUAAUCCUACUGAUAAAGUUCUCAACAUGAGUGUGCUGCUGGACCAUCCAUCCCUAUUUGGAGAAAAAUCUUUCACUGUCAAUCCCAAACAAACAUUUUCAUAUCACCUACAGUUUUCUGCAGCUGCUCUUGGCUCUUUUGCUGGAAGUGUCAUGUUCCGGUCAGAUGUGAUUGGAGAAUUUUGGUAUUCCCUGAAGUUCAAUGUAGAGAAGCCAUCGCCAACCGGGCUGCCUGAUAUAGGAUGUGAGCUUGGAAAAUGGGUUUACGCAUACAUACCUCUUGCUAAUCCUACUCAUGAAACUCUGGCGCUACAAAUAGAUAACAGCGAUCCCAGCCAUUUUGCAGUUGAGGCUGACCCAAAGCAACCUCUGACUAUUCCUCCUCAUUCCACCACUCAGCUGCCUGUGAGAUUCUGUCCCUCUGCCCUUGGAAGACGCAAUCACAAGGCAACAAUAACCUUCAAAUGCCCAAAGUUUGGAGAGCGGAUAUUUUACCUGACGGGGUCUGGAGUUCCUCCUGACCGCAUGGAAACCACCACCAUAAGUGCCUGCAUUGGAGAGUACUCCUCUGCCAUCAUAGCCUUCAGAAAUCCAACUGUGGAAAAUGUGGUGGUAGAUGUCGUGAUGGCAGAUGAAGGGCUGUUGAAUGAGCAUCUGAGUGUAUCUGUCCUGUCCCAGGCCACCUGUAACGAAUCUGUUUUUCAUCUUCUGUUUAAACAGCCACAAGGAAUCCAAUUAGCUCCAAAAGAAAAACUGGAAAUCCCUAUAUUAUUCAUGCCAGCUGAAAUGAAAAUUUAUAAAGCAGUGGUGGUAAUUCAUGUAACGAGGGAAAACGGUGAGAACUGGCCUUAUGAGGUUACUGCUGAAUCAAAUUCAGACUUAAACAGAAAUGUUAUUGUAGCAGAGAAUGGGGAAGCUCGGGGAAUACUCUGGAUCUAUCCCGUUAAUGGAACACCUGAAGCACCACAGCAGAAAUCAGUUGUGAUACGCUGUCAAGCCAGACAGAGGCUGGAGCAGAGAGUAGAGCUGCUGCUGAUUGGUGUCAUACCUGGUCCCCUUGCUCUGCCUCCUGCAGGGAACUCUGCCACGGUCGACAUGGAUGAGUCGUCCAACACCUCAGAAGUUACUGAUGGUUCCUCUGCAACACUGGAAUUUCUGUAUGAAUUGCGAUAUCAAUCAAAUGAAAUUAGAUCUCAGCUUGAAUCUUCUGUUGGUAUGGAGCUGGUUGAAAAAGAAUGGGAUACAGAAUCCAGAAUUGUAACACUGAUCUUUAAUGUAGUGUUUGCACCUAACAAACCAAUGAGGAAUGAGGCAACUGUUGUGAUUCAGUGUACUGCAGGAGGCCUUUGGAAGUUUCCAUUGGUGUUCAUUGCCACAGAGCCAGAAGUGGAUGAUGUGAUCAACAUUGAAGCACUUGGCCUCAAUAAGGAAUCCAUAGUUGGCUUUAAGCUCACAAGCCAGACAAGGUACCCAGAGCCAUUCACUGCACACUUCCUGCCAGGCAGUGAUCCCGAUUUCCUUGUGAUGCCACAAGCUGGAGAACUUCUCCCAGAAGGCACUGUGGGAACCCAUAUAACAGUGGGAUACAAGCCAAGGAUGUAUGGCAAGAAGCACACAGCCACACUGGUCAUCGAGACACAAUCAAUGCAGUGGACAUAUAUAAUCAAUGGACUUCCUCCACAGACUGCACCACCUACAGUGGCAGCAAAAGUAGUUUGCACCAGCAGCUACACAGGAUCGUUCACAGUACGACAGCGCAAUUUUGUACGUGAAAAUCUGAAACUUAUAACCACUGGGGUAUCCUCACCAAUCAAAGGAGCACCUUUGGUCCUUAGGAAUAAACAGAGAAAGUUAUAAUCUGUUAAUUUUUGGAGAGAGAACAAAUAAAUUCUGCAGAUUAAAAAAACAUU